AUGACGAGAAAGUCUGUGAACUCACGCUGCGAAUCGAACACAUCUUCUUCUCUGCUAACGCAUUCGUAUUCGAUGCAGGUCCUCUUCUUCUCUUUGAGCUGGCCGCACCUAAUAGGAGCCAAAGAUGUGGUUCUCAAAGAAGAAGCUGCGACUCUCGAUCAAAUUGCAACCGCUUCGGAAAGCGUGGUACAAAACGGCGAGAAAUCCAAGGAGAAAGAUAAGGAGUUUCGAGAUCAGCUAAUAACCUCGCUAAUAGACACCACGGUGCACUACGAAAACUCGAACGGUUUCGUUCCGAUGACGACAUCCUCGACGUCCAAGUCUUCCAAUCGCCUCGACCAGCUGGAGCCACUCGGCAACAUCACUUGGAGCAAUUCUUUGAACGAUCCGAGCAACUCCACCAUCGACGACGAGGACUCCGUCGAGCAGGAAGAUGUGGACGAAUUGGAAAACGAUCCCGCCUACUCCACGGAAGCGAGGAUAUUCUUAAACUUCCCACGUCCGAGUGGGAACAAUCGCAGAUCGUUCGAGUACCAGACACGGCAAAACGACUUCGAGCUGUUGAAAGUCAGGAACGACACGCCCGUGGUCGCCAAUUAUCCGGACUUUUACGAAGGCCCCCCGAGCUCCGUGGAAAGCGGAAACGAGAAUACGGAGUCCUCCUCGAGAUACGGGAUCAAAGGAAAGGGAAAGAACCUGGAGAAUUACACAGGAAACUACGGGACGAUAACCGACAAUAACGACGAGAGUUCUUCUUACGCUCGUUAUUAUCCUAACAAUUCAGCGAGGGACAAGGACAAAGCUGCUCGCGAGCAGGAGAAAGUGCUCGAUAAUUAUCAUCAGCAAGAUGUCUUCAACUACGACGGUCACGGGCAGAGCGGACAGAGCGGGCCCAUAGCCUCGUCCUUUCCAAGGACGGAUCAGGAGGUGAACGACCUGGAGAAGAGCAACUCCAACAGCUACGACGCGUACGCCAGCAUCGCGGCGUCCUCUCAGCAGACGAACAAUCACCACAGAUUCUCAAGACCAGUUGUAGUCGCUGAGUUCGGUAACUCGCCGAUAGUAUCAGGCUCGGGUGGAGAAAACUAUGAAACAUCGAGGGUGUUGCACAACAGGGACGGCAGAUUCCGAAGUGAAGAAGACUCCCGGGAUUUAUCAGACGAGGAUUACAUGGAGUACACGGAGAGGCCCAGAAGAGUUCAGAAGAACAGAAGACGACCUUCCAGCGGCGACAGCUCCAAGAGACUCCAAAAGGAGCAUCGAGGAUCGGUGUCUGAUAGCACAGAGUACGAGAGCCACGGUAAGAGGCAUCACUCUUCGAGAACGAAGUCAAGGCAGAGGAUGCGAGGAAAUUCUUGGAUGGACGACGACAGACAUCGCGACGAGGACGACAGUUACGAAGAGACGCGAUACGAUAGCAGACAGUCAGGGUUGGAAGCAAGGCACAAAUCUCAUCAGAGCUCCAAGUUCAACCCUAGCAAUACCUGGAAUCAAAUAUCUCCUAACCUAGAGAUCUCACACUCCAGCGGUGUCGAAAUUGGCCAACUAGAGAAACCAAAGUUCCUCGUUCCUGUCAAAGUGAAUUUGGUACCUGUAGCGAACUUUGAUCACUCGUCGGCGAUGGGCAGCAGCCAAGGCUUCGACGUGUCGAACGCCGUUGUGCAAAAUUUAGUCUCAGCCACGCCUGUCAGCACCGUCAGCUCACCCACGGGAAUCGGCGAUGACUCGAAGUUGAGAGUCUCCACGUCUGCUCCGGACGUCGUCGUCGGUCAGAACAGCUUUCAUAACUCGAUGCAGGCGGUGUUUCCUCAAGUGAGCGACUCCAACAAAUUCUCGACGAACUUGAAGCCUCAGUACGUGUCCAGCACGGUUUCUCCGGUUUUCGCAGUCACCCCAAACGUGAAUCCCCUGCAGAGCAUACCCAUUCACAGUGUUCAUGGGACAGCUACGCCACGGACGACGUAUCAGGUUCACGGGGGCAUGCCUCAGCUGAUAGUCCCUCAGCCUACUCAUCAAACUGUCCCAACGUUGAUGCAGACUCCGAUACAAUCCAACCCAGAUUUCAAUAUUCAGGUGAACCCACACGGCAUGCACGGUCAAAAUCUUGUCAGUCACGGGAAUUUGCAGGUGCAGAACAUUCCCACGAUGUCCACCAUCACGUCGACGCCUCAGACUCUGCCAGUAACGAAGAUCAAUUUGGUGACUGCCGAGUCGCAGAACAAGAAGGACAUGAUCUCUGGAUCCACCGCGAACUUCUUGGCCUCGGCGACCAUGGCGGUGGGUCAGAACGAUCAGAGGCAGUUGAACGGUAACUCCUAUUAUUUGCAAAAUUCGAAUACUCAGCAGAUUGUAAAGCCACAGGUGCAGACUGGGCUCUAUCAACAAAACGUAGUUCCGAAAACGAAGACGUACAUUCAGACGACCCAUCUGUUGCCAGCUGUGUUGCAGCCUAUGCCCACGCUGACCACUUUCGCAGCAAGCACUCCUCAACUGAUCCCUGACCAUCAGAACGUUCAAGGAGGAACGUGGCAGAACCAACAGUUCGUAAAGGUACCGCACACUGGGGUAGACAAUGGUAUAUCAACGUUGAGGAACAUUAAAUUGCCAUCGCUCACGUAUCCAACGAUGGACAAUACCGGUAGCCAGAGUAUCAACAACGUUAAUGCAUUGAACACGUUCCAAGGUGGUUCAGGGGGGUUGGAGAACGCUCAUUUGCCAUACGUCGGCACAAGAAAUGUAGAGAUUGUGAAUCCAAAUAUCAAACCAAGUCCAGUGGACACGAUCAUAAAUUCCUACGGGGCGAUGCAUUAUCCCGCGGCAGUGUUCACCACGCCAUUCCCCAUGUUCACCACCACCAGCGUGGUCACUGCCAGGCCAGCGCUAGUGUCCACCACCGAUUCCUCGUCCAACGUUCAGAAUUUCGUCAACUCGUUGACGGAAAUAGGCUCGAAGAACCAAGAUUCCUACAACGACAUGAAAACGUACCAGUCUCAAGACAGGCCCGUGUUCAAUCCCAUCAACUUCGUGCCCAACGUAGACGUGAUGAAGAAUCAGAAUGCUCUGAACAGCAAGCUGCACGCCAGCGAACCUCUGCCGCAGAAUCUGAAUCUCGUUCCGCUGUUACCAGGAGGGAAUUUCUUCAAGCCCAGCUUCGACGCACAGAGCGAGCUACUGACGAAACCAAAACUGAACACAGACCUGGCGACCUACGCGGAGCAGAUGUUCAAGGAGUCUCUGAAGACCAUAUACAACUCCCAGAAGUGGAACAAUGACCGAAAGCCAGGGCAUCAUCGUCACAACGCGUCAGAUGCGAUGGACAUCGCGAAGCUGAAGAACGAGCUGCAGCGACUGAAGGCUUCUCUGUCUGAUUCGAAAAGAAUCAAGGAUGUCGAAGCGCAUCAUAGCGAAACGAAACCGCAGACGGCUGAAUUGACUAACAAGAAGCCUGACGAGUUGUUGGCGGCGCUGGAGCAGAUGCUGAAGGCUCAAUCCUCGGACUCUACGCACUCCUACCAUGGAAGCGGUAGACCCCAUAGACAUCGCAGACCUUCGGAUCAAGACAAAUUCACCUUUGGCCCGAACAGCGAUUUCAGAGACACCAAGCACGUCAGGGACUUCAUGAAACCUCCUCACUCGGGCUCUCACCGCUCGAAGGGCCAUUUCCACGACAAGCCAGGAAAGAAGAGACCGAUGUCUGGACCACCUAGAUUCAAUGGUCCAAGUCAUUUCCAUGGACCGAGACCUUAUCCCAGGCAUACGUUCUCUCCCAAGACAAGUGGUCCGGAGACUUCUGCGACUAACAUAGACACGAUUCACGCCGAAAGCUCACCAUUUGAGCAACUACACGAUACGAGACAUCGUCGCCCUGAUUUUAAGAAAGGCUCGAUCGACUCGUUCUCCUCGUUCGCCUCGUCGCCCACCGAUAAGAAUAUUUUCCUCAAGGGAUACGAACACCACAAGGGCGGCAAAGAAGGCGGCAUUAAUCACCCCAGGAUGCACAAUUUUUUUGGACUGCUGAUGAAGAACAAGCAGCUGCCCAAUGGCCUCGCUCCGAAUUACUUCCAGGACAAGGAUCAGCUGAAGCAGUUCUUCGAAGACGAGACGCUACGAUCGCAGCAGCAAUACUACGACGAUACCUUGAGGGAUUACUUUAACAAAAUGUCAGAAAGCGCGUUGCACUCCAAUUUGCGCAAUGGUCACGAUACACGAAGAUACUUGACACAAAAAAGGACGGUUUGA